CGCUCUGUAACUGUAAAUACGUGAGGCGGCGCAAUAUAGUCAAUAUGGACGUCUAGACAAACCAUAUCCAACAUUAUUGAAUCUCUGUAGACUCGCUCCACUUCGUUCCGAAACGUUUUUUUCGAUAUUCAUCGAGAAUGUUUCAGAUUUUCUUUUCUAGCUUCUGAUUUUUGAAAUUUAAUGCUUACUAAUACUCACAUGCUUUCUUCUAUAAUUUAGCGAGCUUGAACCUGCGAGGACUCCUACAAUUCCUCUCUCUGUAUGUUCCGUUUUCUUUAUCGUAAGAACUUGACAUUAAUAAUAGAGGAAUAAUUUUGAGCAAGUAUAUGGAUAUGGAUGGACGGUGGAGAUUGAGUCGGGUAAAGCUCUGGAUGGUAUUGUUACUUCUUCAUCAAAAUGUCAUCUUUUGUUGGUCUCUCAAUGCAGAAGGUUUGGCACUCUUGAAAUUUCGGGAGAACGUCAAGAGAGACCCAUUUGGUGCCUUAUCGAAUUGGAAUAAAGAAGAUGGAGAUAUUGAUCCAUGUUUGUGGUUUGGGGUUGAAUGCUCUGAUGAGAAAGUAGUAAGCUUGCAUUUGAAAGAUCUGUGUCUUGAAGGAACACUGGCACCUGAACUUGGGAAGCUGGCUUAUUUAAAAUCUAUUAUUUUACGCAACAAUUCAUUCUUUGGAAAUAUCCCUAAGGAGAUUGGAGAAUUGGAGGAUCUAAAAUUAUUGGACUUGGGAUAUAACAACUUUAGUGGACCAUUUCCAUCUGAACUUGCCAAUGAUCUGUCAUUGACUACCUUCUUACUUGAUAAUAACAAGUUCAUUGGCAGCAUUUCCCAUGAAGUAGAUGAACUUGAGAAGCUUUCUGAAAUUCAGGCAGAUAAAAACCAAUUAAGUGCUUCAUGUAGCAACAGAGGCUUAACUUGGAACCUAGCUCACUGUAAAGAAAUAGCUCGCAAGUUGCUGUUGCAGGUGAUUGAUGCAACAAAUCCAUCCAUAGCCAAAAAUCAUAAAGUACAUCACAGUAGUUCUGAAUCAUCACCUUUUUUGUCUAUAUUGCCCCCAUCGUUUCCACCAUCAGGUUCUCCACCAUCAUCAUUCUUACCCUCUAAUCCUCCAUCAUUUUCAUCAUUGUCAUUUCCCCCCACACAUCCUUUAGAAUCUCCAUCAUUUGCUCCAUCGGAAUCCCCUUCAAGUCUCCCAUCACAACCUUCACCCUCUCCAACAGAAUCGCCAUCAUACAUAGAAUCCCCGACUAAGGUUUCACCCACUCCUGCACAUUCUUCUUUUGUAAUGUUUGCACCCUCAGAAUACCAUGCGUUUCCAGUGGCCCCUUCUUCAAGUCUCAGUCAAGGAGUAGAUGACGAUUUCAACUCAAAGCAUGAAAUAGUUCUAAUCGCUAGUGUUGUUGGGGGCUCAUUGUUGCUUUUGGUUUCAGCUGCUGGUGCCAUCUUCUUUAGAAGCAAUAAGGUGGUCACCGUCAAACCUUGGGCCACAGGGUUAAGUGGCCAGCUGCAGAAAGCUUUUGUAACAGGUGUCCCAAAAUUGAAGCGAUUGGAACUUGAAGCAGCUUGUGAAGAUUUUAGCAAUAUAAUUGGCUACUUUUUGAAUGGCACGGUGUAUAAAGGGACCUUAUCAAGUGGAGUUGAAAUAGCUGUGACAUCUUUUACUGUCAAAUCCAUUAAAGAGUGGUCAAAAUAUUUAGAAGCUCAAUUCAAAAAGAAGAUAGACACGUUAUCAAAAAUGAACCACAAAAAUUUUGUCAACCUCAUUGGAUAUUGUGAAGAAAAUGAGCCUUUCACAAGAAUGAUGGUUUUUGAAUAUGCUCCAAAUGGAACUCUUUUCGAACAUCUGCACAUAAAAGAAGCUGAACACUUGGAUUGGGGAACGAGAGUACGGAUAGCAAUGGGCAUGGCAUAUUGCCUCGAGUACAUGCACCAAAUAACGCCACCCAUAGUCCAUGAAAACUUGCAAUCAUCGUCUAUAUAUCUGACCGAAGACUAUGCUGCUAAAAUAUCAAAUUUCAGUUACUGGAAUGAUGUAACAACAAAAAAGAUAGAAUCAACAUUUGCGGAUCUUAUCGAACUGCCAUCGGUAGAUCCAGAGAGUAAUGUUUAUAGUUUUGGGAUAAUUUUAUAUGAAAUGAUAACUGGUAGGAUGCUUAAUGCAAUGGACAAGGGUUUUGUCGCAGAUUGGACAACAAAGUUGUUGAAAGAGCAGCAAAGCAUGGAGGGAAUGAUAGAUCCAACUCUAAAAUAUUUCAGAAAGGAUGAAAUUGAGAAAUUGCUUUUAGUAAUAAAAAGUUGCAUCCACCCUGAUGCCAAACAGAGACCAACAAUGUGUGAGGUCGUAGCCAAGUUGAAGGAAAUCAUAUCAAUGGGACCUGAUGAAGCAACACCCAAAUUAUCUCCUCUUUGGUGGGCAGAACUUGAAAUUUUGUCCACAGAGGAAGGAAGCUGAGGGAUAUGAACUUUAGACUGAAGUUUAUAUUAAGUAUUCUUUUCAUGAUCUUUCAACGAUCUUUCCCCCUGAUCCUUUUUCAAAAUUAGUAAUUGUGUGUAGAUUAACUGAUACUGUCAAUAGCUCAAAAAUGGAGAAUGUUUGUUUC